GAUCGAUCCGUUUGAUCAGCUUUCGGCUCGAGUCGUGGAUGGAUGUCGAAGGAUCCCCCCGCCGGUGGAACUCCGUCUCUCACGUUAAACCAUUAAACUGCAAGUAACGGUUUACGGCUCAAGUCCCACCGGAGCCCGACCGGUUACCGUUAAACCCCAAAGCCCCCCUGUUUAAACUCGGGUAGUCCGGGACCGGGUAAACCGCUCCACUUCCGGGUCUAUGGGGAGUCCGAGCGGGACUUAUCGCUGCCUCGCGCCCAACCAGCGGACAUUUUAAGCACCAACGGCUUAAAGGCGGGAACGUGUCAACCGUCUCCGCGGGAAUCGAACCCGCUGUUCUUCACCGGGCUUUGUCGGUUUGCGCGGUGACGUUUCCCGGGAUGGUGUCGCGCGCGGCUCACCGAGGUGGCUUGCAGACGACUCGCGUUCCCCCUAUAGCAGAGCUGGUGGUGGACAACAGUCGCUCUGCGGACGGAGAGGUGGAGGGUCUGACGGAGGCCUUCACGGAGCUCGAGUUCCUCAGUAUGGUCAACGUGGGCCUGAGCUCGCUGGCCAAGCUGCCCUCACUGCCCAAACUACACAAGCUGGAGCUUAGUGACAACAACUUGUCCGGCUCACUGGACACUUUGUCGGAGAAAUGUCCGAACCUGACGUACCUGAACCUCAGCGGGAACAAGAUCAAAGAGCUGAGCAACGUGGAGGCGCUGCAAAACCUGAAGAGCCUCCAGAGUCUGGACCUCUUCAACUGUGACAUCACGUCCCUGGAGGACUACAGGGAGAGCGUGUUCGAGCUGCUGCCUCAGGUCACCUACCUGGACGGCUUCGACCAGGAGGACAACGAGGCGCCCGACAGCGAGGCCGACGACGAAGACGAGGACGCAGAGGACGGGGCGCCACCCGCCAGAGAAGAGGAGGAGGAGGAGGAGGAGGAGGAAGACGACGAGGACGAGGACGGCUCGGAGGGGGCGGGGCUGAGUUUCCAGCCGAACCGGGCCCAUCAGGUUGACGACGACGACGAUGAUGAUGACGAUGAUGAUGAUGAAGAGUUUGUGGAGGAGGAGGAAGAGGAGCAGGCCGGCCUGCAGGGAGACAAGAGAAAGAGAGACGUGGACGACGAAGGCGAGGAGGACGAGGACGAAGACGAAUAGCUGGUCCUGAGCCGUCUUCUUGUCCGUCCUGGUUGGUCACUCUCACGCUCCUCCAGACGGACGUCCGGGCCGCGUCUCCUCGGCUGGUCUCCUUCCCUGUCACUCUUUAUUUUUAGAUAAUAAUAUAUAAGAAGAUUUUAUCGGAACUUGUGUCCCUUUUAAGACCCGGUCCUCGAUCAGUCCCCCCCCCCCCGAUCCUCUUCUAACGUCCACCAGCCCCAAAACUAGACUACAGAAUGAUGUCACUUCCUGUCUCCUCUCCAACGUCAGCGCGAGCCUCUGCAGACAGAAAAGCCCUCAGUAGCAACAGGACCAAUCUGGUCCAGGGGUCUCGUAAUCACAGAUGGCUUCUGGGAAACAGGAAGUGAUGAGAUCAUCUGUCCAUCUUCAGGAGCUUCCCGCUGGACGGCGGACCGGAUCCAAUCCGACCCAGAAGGGCUCCUCCCUCGUCAGGGUCUGUGUGUGUUUGAUUUGUUCUAGAGGUUCUCCUGGGGGAUGUAGUCCUGAUGUCUUUGUUUUGUUUUGAAGUGUCGUGGAAACCAAACUAUCCUGUGAAAUAGGAGAACCCUGAAGGCCUCGCGUGAGCCUGGCAAUGAUUGACAGAGGAUUUGUAGAUGAAAUGUAGGCGUUAUGAUGACACCGCUGCGUGGGGUAUCAAACCCUCGAUUAUGAAUUCUGAUCCAUCAGUGUGAGCAUUUGAUUGAUUGAUCAUUGAUCCACUGUCUCAGGUUCUUUUGUCCUGAAGAAACAGAGCUUUGACUUUUAACUAAACUGCUGUAGACUUUUAAAUUCUCUCGUUUUAUGCUCUUUUAGGUUCAGAUCUGCUGUAAUACUUCUACACAGUCGGUGUGACACAAUCCCAUUCAACCCAAAGCUGUCAGUCGACCAAUCAGAGCGCUUCAGGGCAGGCGUGGGUGGGUUAUCUUAGAGUUUGAUUGACAGAUGGUUCUUCCAGUCACCUGCCAUGUUUUUCAGUGUCAAAGGUCGCACCCUCUUAAAUCAGUUUGAACCGGUUUCUACGGCGAUACUGUAAAUAGACUUUCAGCUUAGUUUCAGGUUUGUUUAAUUUUCUAAUGAAUAUAAAUCAUUUUACAGAUGGUUUUUUGGGAUCCAGGUGACGUCUUUGACCUUUUACCCCGGCCGCUCCUGUGCCAGCGAGGGGGGGGGGGGACGGGUUUACUGUGUUACUUUUUGUGUGCUGUAACUAAAACGUGUGGAGUUUUGAAUUAAAAAAAAAUGUAUAAAAGUACCAAAAUGUUCACCUGAAUUCAUCCAGUGAAGUUUGUGUUGAGAAGAAGGGGCGGGGCACUGGGGGCUUCUAAUGAAGCCAUAACUCCGCCUCCUCCACAGGUGUGAGUCCCAGGUGAGUCCAUGGCCGUUUCUCAAUAUGCGUUCUUGUGUGGACUUUUGUUCUCGUGGACUCGUGAAACGUCAUUAGUCGCAGCCCGAGUACUGUUCCAAUUCUCAAGUCCGCAUCUGGCCGAGAACGGUCAUAAUACCCGGAUGUGGCUCGCCCCGCCCAUUUUACCGGGCAUGCAUCGGAGCAGGCUCGUCUGUUCUUGUGAGAGACAUAUAUCCCAGAAUGCAUUUCACCUCAGCAACAGGCAACGACGACAGAGGAAAAUAAACACAACUUUAUGUCGAAGUUUAUAAAUACUACUUUUUUUAAGUAACGUAAUGUAAUUUUCGGACUGAGUAGUAAAAUGUUUAAGUCAAAAACUAAAAUAAAAACGUAUUAGCAAGACCAGCUGACGUGGUGACGUCAUCAAGUCAGCUGCUGUUCCAACUGCGGAAAUGACCGUUCUCCGUUCUCCCGAACCUGCGAGUCAGGACUCCCGAGUCUGUCUCCCGAGUCUAUUCUCGCGGGAACGCGAGUCCGUUCUCGCCGUCUUAGGUAUUGAGAAACGGCCCAUGAGUUUCAUCAAAGCCAUUGUUUACACAUUCUAUUCAACUCAAAGAAAUAUUUACUGUUGAAUGAGGUUAAUAUACAGUAUUUUAA